CAAAUAUGGCGUAUAAUGUUUUGGUUGUAAAAACUAUUUCUUUUUGCUAACAUUUACAGUUACAUUUGAAGUCAAACUUAAGACAAUGCCUUGGUACAGUCAUUUAAUUCCAGAAUCAUGGAAAAAACGAGCUUGUAGAUAUCUUCUUCAACGAUAUGUUGGGCACUUCCUAAAGGAAAAACUGUCAUUAGAUCAGCUGAGCGUUGAUUUGUACAGUGGAAAAGGUGUUAUCAAAGAGCUAAAUUUAGACGUUGAGGCUCUGAAUAAUGCCCUGGAGACGUUCAACAUUCCUCUGGAGAUAGUUGAUGGUUUUAUUGGCAGUAUUUCUGUUUCCAUACCAUGGUCUUCUCUACUGACCAGCAGUACUUCCAUCGAGAUCACAGGGCUGGAACUCACCAUCCAGCCCAAACAGUGGGAUGAGCAAGGAGCAACUCUGGACACGUUGUCGAUGAUAAACAGCAUGAGUAUGACCUCCAGUCUGCAGCUCGCGGAAGAGGUCCUCCGGUCGGAAAAAACAACCGAGGGAAACAUUAGUGAAGUGGAUCCUUUUGAAGGGGUGCAGAUCUUCGCACAGGCUAUUGAUACAGUUUUAUCCCGAAUCAAGAUGUCAUUUUCUGGUACAACAAUCCGUCUUGAACACCUGCCCAAUGAAGCUGAUAAGGGAGUGGCUCUAGAGGUCAGAAUUGACAGGAUGGAUUAUUUUGAUGACAUGGCCACUGAGCAGAAUGUCGAGGAACAGACGGAGGAGCAAGGCAGUCCUGUUGAUGACCCGAGUCUGGGACACCUCAAUGAACCCGCGGCCUUCGUCCACAAAAACAUCCACGUCGUCGGCAUCACAUUCUACUUCGACAACGUCUUCUGCAACCCGUCAGGAUCUCUAUCUACCACAGAUAGCUCUACUAAGAUUUUUGAGUCUACAGCCAACUCUCUGUACACUAGUUCCUCCGAGGUGCCACUGCAGAUGUCACAAGUUACCACUCAGCCCAAGUCAUUAGGGUCUUUACCACUGAGUGGUUCCCAGCCCAUCCAGAUAGCUGUGUUGACAGGGAAACAGGAGCUGAAGGUUCAGCUGAAGCAACAGGAUGCCUUGCCAGGGCCAAAGCUUGAACUGGUGUGUCAGUUUGGAGCCUUUCACCUGCUGUUGUCUCCCAGUCAGUUUCACGGGAUUCUCGAGCUGGCUGGUGGUCUCGCAGCUCCAGCAACCUGCAGAGGUGGCAGGUUUACAAAAAGAUCCAGCAAGGAUAAGCCGAUGAGAGAGAGUGAUUUCCAGCGUGUGGAGCGCGAGUUACAGAGUCACCUGCAGUCAACUCGUCUGGGACAGAACCGGAGUCCUGUCUCAUUACACUCAGAUUUAUACAGUGACGAGUCGGUGAUGCAGUCAGUAGGAGAGCUCCAGGAAGAGGAGCUGUACUUGUCGACCCACAGCCACAAAGAAAGAAGCUUGUCUGACAUGGAGUGUUCCAUCUCCAGCAACUACAGCGGCAGCACUGCCCGCACCAGCAGCACUGUCACGUCUUAUCAAAGAAGUGAAGUUGCUGGAUUGACAUCUAGACGAAGUCCAUCAGUUCCAAAAUCAAAAGAUGCGCUACAGAAGUUACUAGAUGACCCAUCAGCUGAGCUGAGUCGUCACCAUCUGAAGAUCAGUUUCAUAUCUGUAAACAUCCUGCAUGAAAACCCCACCUCCACCCCAGGAGACCACUUCUGUCCCGACAUACCUGCAUCGGAGAAACUGAAGAAAAUGUCAGAAAUAUUUUUCAACAAGGUCAAAGUGAUUCCAUUUGCUGGACUGACCUCAUUAACACAUUUACGGGACAAGUUUUCAGAGGCGUUGCCUUACGAUCAUUUAGGUUGUCUAGGGAAACCACUGACAUUACAGAUAGCUCAAAAAACAUCUCGAAGUGGCCAAAGUCUUUCACUGGACGUGACGCUGGGCAUGUUUGAAACCACUGAGUGCCUUUGUGAAAGAAGAAACUUUACAUCUUCCUUGCUGGGUUUCGGUCUACCGGUGGACGACAAACCGCCAAAGUACUGUGAGUUGCUGACGUUUGACGUGAAGGAUGAAGAAGACACAAAGCCGGUUCACAUGUAUAGCAGUACCCACAGCACCAUCCCAGCAAUCAAACUCAGACUCAUCAAGGCAGAGAAAACCAGGUCAAGUUCCAAAGCUCACCUUGCUCUACCGAGAACUGAUGUUCGUCUGGAGCUGGGCGUGUUCCACUCGGAAGUGGACAUCUCGAUCGUUGACCGCAUCAACAGUCUGCUGUCACCAGAACCACUCAUGUCUAUGGAGGCCAGUGCAGUCCGGGGCAAAUUCAGCUAUAGUCAGCUGAACAACACAAGUUCGGUUGGUCGUCAGAUGUUCAACCAAGUGAUGCAGGAAAACCCCGCAUUGGAUGAGAACCUGGUGGACUUCCAUGUGGCCAGUGACAGUGGAACAGUUAACUUCAGGUUUCCUGUACCUGAUUUGCGAACUGGACCACAGGUUGACAGGGUACCAUGGUGGCAUCGGAACAUCCACAAAGAAAGUUUAAUCCUCCAAAUGGCCAACUUCAGUUUCCAGACUUGUCUUGGCACUGAUCCACAGUGCAAACUGGAGUUCACGUGCAGUGACCUGUCUGCCUAUUUCAAAGAAGAUUUAAGGUGUGAUCCGAUUCUUCUGGUGUCUGUGAUAUCUGAUGAUGGAUGUGAUCUGUCUGAGAGAAACAGGGGAUUUAACUGGCCACGGCUGGUGAUAACGUUCAGUGAGAAGAUCUGCUCUGUGUUUGAAGAUGAGCAGGUGGAGUCGGACGACUCAACCCCAAUGGACUCUCUGAAUGGAGCCUGUCAGUUUUCUAGAACCGAACCUUCCCCUUUCUCCGCCAAGAAGUCCAUGUACGAACAGGAAGAUCUCUCUUCAUUCAGUGACAGAAGUAGCAAAAGAAAGAACACCAGUGAAGAAAAAGUGAUUCCUGGUGACAAGGAAGAAAUGAAGGAGUUCCAAGAGAAGGCAAUUUCCAAUACAAAGAUGCACGUGGAGAUUACGUUACCCAUCGUGACAGCUUUUCUUCCCAGCAAGAACAUGUUUGAAAUUAUUUAUAACAGAUUGAACAAUGACUUGUUAAUGUGGGAGCCGAUGGCGCCAUCUCCCCUGAAAACUAAAGACAGUUUGUAUGACAUGCAGCCAGCGGAUCUCAAUGUUCUUAACCUGUGCCAACACGGAUAUCACGAAACAUUUGAAAUGGCCAAGUCGGGUCUUCAAUAUGAUUCAGACACUGAUUCUGAUGAAAAUUUCAACUAUUCAAUCCACGAGAGUCGACGUAAGAAGCAGCCACUAAACCAGCGCCAGCUGCAGAGUAAGCUGUGUGUGUCACUCAACAUCAUGAAGGGAAAACUGCUGGCUGUUGUGCCAAAUAAGGAGGAGAAGUCACAUGGGGAGAUUCUGGUGGAGGUUGACGACACGGUUCUGUUUUCUGUCAUCAGUUACAAUGGAGACCCUGAUCUGAGGUAUCUCUGUUUCCAGACCAACAAGAUCGCUUUGUCCAGUGCAGGAUGUGUUAAUCAUAUUAUAAUACCCGGUGAUUUGAACCAAAUUCGAGAAGAGUCUCUGCCGGACUAUCUAGAGAGGACAAUCCACCGUUCUGACCGAGGGGUUGCGUCAAAGUUUGGCGGUCUGGGAAUCGGCUGUGGUGGAGAAAGUCCAGACAUGUUGUCUUUGGCACUGAGGAUCAAACUGGACACUGUCAACAACAGGAAGGAUUUUCAAGUUGCAGUUGGGGUUCGAGGUGCUACUUUAAAACACAGAAUGGUUCCAAAUGGACAGAGCUGGAUUUCUCAGUGCUUGGAUUUUCUUGAUGUGACGGAUUUUCCUAUCCUGGGCUACGUAGAUCCUAAAGUUGUCACUGAACUGCACAUACAUCUCUUGAGCUGUGCUGUCGACUACAGCACCAACACAGAAGAAGAUUGGCCUCUGUACUUGCCACUGAGAGCAAUUCUGGCAGCUGAAGCUUUCAGUAUAUCCAGUAACAUCGUGGCUAACUCACCCACAACAUUACUCAGGUUCCAUCUGGAGGAUGCAGCUCUUUUCCUGUCAGCCAAGAACUAUAUGGAGGUUAACUUGGAGAAAGACUAUGUCUGUGUAGCCGAUCUAGAGAGAUUUGAACUCUCACUGAGAACAAGUGGUGGAAAAGAUCAGAUGUUUCCAAAAACAAAUCUCCGAUUAUCGAGCAAUCGUUUCAACAUUCGGACGUGUGCUGAUUCCUGCAAAGCCUUGACAGAGCUGAUCCGGUACAUUGCUGAUGAGGGCGACUUGAUGUCUUGUGAUGCUGAAGAAGAUAUAUGGUCACAGACAAAACCAGAUACUGUUAGCACUUCGAGGGAUUCCUCUCUGACUGUCGAUACAGGUUCUGACACAAGCAAUGUGUCUCAGAUGAACCUCGAUCACGUUAAUACCAUGAUGGCUGAUGCAAUGCUCGAGUCUAGUGGAACAGAGUCGGGUUCAGGUUCAGACUCUCCCGGGAGGCAGAUGGGUGGAAAGAAAACUCAGGUGUUUUUUCUUCCUGAUCACCAGAAGCCAGGAGCCCAUGACGAUGAUGAUGAUGUAACCGAGUCUGACUCCAGGUUACAGCAGAUUACCAUCUCCAACAGUGCAGAGUCUGUAAGCAGCAGUGUCCAGUCUGACCAGACUGACCAGACAGAGACACUGAGUGACGAGGAGGAGUUCUGUAUCAUCAAUGAGGCUGGCUGGGGAAUCGCUCCACGAGAUGGUGAACCUGCUAUUCGAGUGUUUAUUAAAGAACCCCUGAGUAUUAGUGACAACCACUUCAGUCAGCCUCUAGGCAAAAUCGACCAACUCAAAGCACCCGAACAUUUCCCAGCUCCUGAGAAGAGGUAUACCCUGAUAGAGCUCACCCUUGUCUGGUACUUGUAUGGCGGCAAAGACUUUGGUGGAAAACAUAAAGAUCUUAAAAAACUUGAUGGGGAUUUGACAUCACAAUUUGAUAGGGGAUCUUUAGUGGGUGCUUCACUAGGUAAACGAAGCCGAUCAAAAGAAAAGAAAGUCCGAGACCAUGAUGUCACUUGGCUAACGAGAGGAGGACCCAACAGAGAUCUUAACACAGUGAUGGAAAUUCAGUUGACUAAAGUGCAGUGUCAGCAUGAAUCGUACCCAGCCACAGCAUUACAAGCCUCAAGACAGGUGCUCAUCAUACAGGACCUGGAAAUCCGAGACCGACUGUCAUCCUCACAGAUCAACAAGUUUCUCUAUCAGUACACGUCUGAGUCCAUGCCACGCCAGACACACGCAAACAUGGUUCUUGUGAAGUCUCUUCAUGUUCGCCCCGAAUCCUCUACGACUCAAGAAUGUUCCUUGAAAGUGUCACUACUUCCACUACGAUUCAACAUUGACCAGGACUCUUUAUUCUUCCUGAAGAACUUUAUAUCUGAACUUCGAGGCGUGGAGUCUGUGGAAACACCAGCAGUGUCUGUACCUAAUGAACGUAAUGUGGCUGGUAGCCCCAAAUCAUCAUCCUCCACCCCACCUCCCCCAGCCCCCAUCAUGACAGUGAACUCCUCCCCCACAGACGACGACUCCCACACUCAGCAAGAUCUCCUGAUAAUGUUUGACGAGAUUGACCGAACCGAGGACCUGUUGAAGGGAACACUAGAGGACAGUGCCAGUUCUCUGGAGUCCGACCAGGCAAAUAGUCAGCCAGUCUUUUUCAAGUCUUUCAUUUUCUCCCCUGAUGUUCCAAUCAGACUGGACUAUCAUGGCAAAAGAGUGGACAUGGAACAGGGCACAUUCCAGGGUCUGCUUGUCGGAUUAGCCCAGCUUAACUCCUCUGAGUUGAGGCUCAAAAGACUCAACUAUAAACACGGAAUUUUGGGUACUGACAAGCUUAUCCAAUAUGCAGCCUGUGAGUGGUCAAAAGAUAUACGCAGGAACCAACUUCCCAGCAUUUUAGGAGGAGUUGGACCAAUGUAUUCCUUUGUGCAGAUAUUCCAGGGUGUUAAAGAUCUCUUUUGGCUGCCAGUUGAGCAGUACAGGAAAGAUGGCCGGAUUGUGCGAGGGAUUCAGAGAGGGGCCAGCUCAUUCACUACAUCAACAGCCAUGGCCUUGCUGGAACUCACGAACAAAGUUGUGCAAUCUAUACAGUGGAUAGCUGAGCUUACAUAUGACAUGUUGUCUCCUGGACCCAGUGUACGAGUGGCAGGAACUCGCAGACACAAACACGCCAGACGUGGACAGCCGCUUGAUAUACGGGAAGGCAUGACCAACGCUUACAUCGUCGUUAGAGAGGGUAUCACUGACACUGCUGGGAACUUGGUUCGAGCAGCUACCGAAGAGCAGGAGCAGAAGGGAUUCACUGGUGCGGUAGGUGGUGUCCUGCGACAGAUCCCACCAACCAUCAUCCAGCCUGUGAUCAUCGCAUCAGAGGCAACCUCCAAGGUUCUUGGUGGUAUGAGAAACCAACUGAGGCCAGAGGCAAAGAAAGAGGAUGAGGAAAAAUGGAGAGAUGGGAAAAGUUGAUUAAUUUAGGCAUGUGGAGAGAUACGGGAAAAAGUUGAUUAAUUUAGGCAUGUGGAGAGAUAUUCAUUUAGAUACUAGUAUGUGGAGAGAUGGAGGGGAACCUUUAUUCAUUUAGGUAUGUGGAGAGAUGGGAAACGUUAUUUGGAUAUAUAUGAACAGAUUGGGAAAGUUGAUUAAUCAAUAAGGACAAAAACUUUAUUUUUAGAAGUGCACGUAAGUGUUGAAAUGGACAUGUUAGGAAGAAUAUUUUGUCAAAUGUAUUCUAAAUCUUUAUUGGAGAGAGAGUGUCAAACAAAACUGGCAUGGUUAUAAUUUCUUUUCUUGUGUUUCUAAAAUGGGACUGUAAGAUUACCAAUUUAUUUAUUUUAUUUUCCAUGUUGUUGAUGAGUGCUCGAUGUUUGUUAGUGUGAUUACAAGAAAUUGUGGCAGCUGGUUUUGCCAGUCUGUUAGAAGUUCACUUUGAAUGUGUUUUUACUUGAGGUCUGUGUUUGAGUGAAUGUUAGGUACAACAGCAAUAAUUUUUAAUUAUAAGAUUACUUGCCAUCAUCAGAAAGUACAUCUUUGUAUUUUAUUACUGAAUUCUUAUUGACACAUCGUUUUUUUAUUUGUUCUUACAUUAAUGAAAGGGACAAAUUUUGUUUUAUUAGGAAAGGAAUCAAAAUGUUACCAACGUGGAAUUUUAACAAGCAGCAUUUUUGUUGUUAGUUUAAAUUGAGACCACCAUGUAUAAUAUAUAUUUCAGUUUUUUAAAACCAUUCAAGUCCUUAAAAAAAACCUUAAUUUUUCCAUGUUUACUUCAUAUAACCACAUAAUAUCAGAUAUUACAGUAUUUAACAAAUUCUAUAUUUAGCACUCUCUGUAAAUAGGUACAUGUUUUAUUAAUGUUACUAAUAUAUCUUUUCUGUAUUGUACAGUGAAAUCUCUCUAAACUGGACACCUGUGGGACCAAGUAAAAGUCCAGUAUUAAGGGGUAUCCAGUUUAGAGAGGUUUUGGGUUGUAUUAAUAUUUAAAAAGGGUCCGUGAAAAUAUCCAGAAUUCUGGGUUUUGAGGGUCCGAUUUUAAGUAGUUUCACUCUUUGUUACAUCCAUUGUUUGCUUUCGGAAUUAAUUUAUUUUUGAAGACAUUGCCCUUUAAUUUUUUUUAAUUAAAAUAGUCCAGUUUGGGAAAUGAUUUUUCAUUAUAAACUUAAAAUAAAAUGCAUAAAUUUCUUUUAGAUUUUUCUUCAGCGGUGACAUUAUGUAGUAUUAAAAUUACCCAGUCUGUGGAAAUUAUUUGUUAUUUUUAUUAUUAAAGCGUAAUAGUGCCAACACUAGGAAAAAGGUAUAUAACAGCAAAAUGAAGGAAGGAAUGAAUUGGGAGUGACAUUUUUCUAAAUAUGAAAUUUGUUCUAGAAUUUAUUCUGACACUAAUUGAACUAGAAUGUGUGCAAAGUAAAUGGUGAUACCCAUCCUUAAAAUAUUUUUACUUUUGGUUUAAUCAAUAAUUUAUCAGUGGUAAAAGAUAAAUAUUUAGGUUUUGGGUAUUUUGUGUUAUAAUUUGUGGUUACCUUGUUAAGUAAGUCAAAUUUGUGAGUAUCCUAUAGACACCAUGCAAAUAAAUAUUUCCAAUUACCCCAGACAGGUGACUUUAUUGAAAUUAUGAAUCCUUAUUUACAAAAUUUAUAAUGCCUUGCUAUUUGCCAGGCCACCACUACUGGUAUAUCAAAGAUUGUGGUAUGUGCUAUCCUGUCUUGUUUCCUUUAAGACUAUAUUUUAAAAUUACCAAAUGUUUGAUAUCCAAUAGCCGAUGAUUAAUAUAUCAACGAGUUCUAGUGGUGGUUGUAAACAAAACAACUGGUUUAACUUUACCAGUCUCAACCAAAAUAGCAUGCUCCAUUGUUAGUGACUACGUUUUAGUGGUUGGGCACCGAUCAUUUGUUAUUAUUACCAGGGAUGUGAGAGCUACACGUAAACGUGCUUUUCCAUUUCAUCAAAACUAUGCGAAAAUGGAAAAACGAAAGUAGUAUCGUGCGAUCGCAAGUAGUAUUUGCACGUACAUUCCCUUGGCUGGAUUUUGUCAGCUUUGCUGCGAUUGGCUAGUUAUGUCCAAUCCAGGAUAUGCUAUUUGAAAGCCUUUGUUCGACUUUGGGAAGAAAGGAGGUGAGCAGUAAGCUGUUUUUGUGUUCCAUCCCCUCUCACAUCCCUGAAUUACAGACUACGAUCAUCAUUAAUUAUGACAUUCUGAGUUUGUUCAGUUAUUACAGAACCAAAUACCACUACUUAUGAACAUUUUAAUACUAACAUAUUCUCUUUCCUUGAUCAACUGUAUGUACAUAUAGAUAAAUGCAGAGUUUUUGUUUAUGAAUUUAGUUCCAUAUUAUGUUGUACAAAUUGUGGUGAGGACAAAAGCAGUUUGUGUAUGCAUAAAAUUAUGUAUAUCAUGUUUCUAUGCUUAUUAGCUUUGAAAACACUUUUUUUUUUAUUAGAAUCUUAAUUAAUAACUAAAGGAAUGACUUACCAUAGGGUUUUUUAUCACACAGUUAGCCAGUGUAUUCAUAAUUGGUGGUUUAUUACAGAUUAUAGAUUAUUGCCACUCCAAGCUUUUGAAAGCAUAUAUAAUGAUAAUACUAGUAUACAGUACAUGCAAUAGAAAGUUAUUAUAUAAUUAUAGAACAUUAAACAAGGUUCAAUUUUAUUUUAAUGUUUACUCCCUCAUGAACUAUUUUUCAUCUGUCGAGUUGAUAAUUGGCAAUGAUACUUAUUUCACAAGAACAUAACUGGAUUAAAAUUAAUAUAAAGAAUGGAAAUCAACAGCAUAUGUACUAAAAUCCAACGAGUGUGUGACAGUCAUAACUGCAGAGACCCAUUACUUCCUACCGAUAAAAACUAAAAUGUUUCGACCUUUAGUAUUAAAAUGCAUGUUAUGUUUUUCACUCUGCUUACAAGUGCUUCAGUGAAUGUAUUCGAUUUUACCCGAUGCAUGUAUCCAAAUUUGUGUUUGUCUCUCUCUCUCUCUAACACACACACACAUUUUACAUGUGG